GCUGGCAAUUUUGCGCUAAAUGCGUUUUUAAAUAACGGUUUAACGUUUAUAGCGCGCAAAUUGUUCGGCCAAUAUAGUAUGGAAAGAUUUGGCCUUUUAAAUAACCUUACGAGCGCAAAAUUGGGCUUUGGUAAGCUUUUCGAAAAGCUCCGGUAUCGCUUUAAAAAAUCGCUGGUAAACGUUUUAAUAUGCUUAACAACCAAAAUAACGGUUACAAAAUAUUGCACGCUCCGUAUAAUUGUUUUUAAAAAGGGGCAAAUAAAUAAGGUUUUAAUUACCGCUUUAUUGGGAAUCGAUAACCUUUUGCAACGAAAACGCGUUGCAAAUACCCAUGUAAAGCGAAAAAAAAGUAAUGUCCGUUUUGGGGGCAAAUUUAUUAAAAUCGAAAGCGUUACGGCGGCGCUCGUCGCGCGCUUUACGCUUUUUUUCGGCAAAGGUUUUUUUGCCGCGGCGGUUAAAACCCGCCGAGGGGUUACCGGUAAAACGUUUACAAGAAUUUUAAAAGGUUGCAAACGUAAAAGGGCCCGAUAA